AUGGUACCUCGUCUGGCGAUAUAUGGUCUCUCGUCGACCCUCCUUGCCAGCGGAGUAGUAUACUCCGCAUUGAACACCAGGCCGAACUUUUAUGCCGCUGCGGUAGCUUUGGGGAGAAGUAGCGGGGCUUUGAUGGUCUUAGCCAACUUUGCAUUGUUCAAUACCAUCUUAUUUGGCAUUGGCCUGAAGAAGAUCUUCUUUGGUCAGUUGAGGGCUAUAGAAUAUGAGCACUUAUUCGAGAGAUUGUGGAUAUUCUUGACGGAGUCAUUAUUAGCUUUAACCAUAUUCAGAGACGACUUCUCAGCACCUUUCGCUUUUAUGUACUGUCUACUGCUGUUUCUAAAAUGCUUCCAUUGGAUAACAGCAGAUAGGGUGGAUUAUAUGGAUCAAAUACCACCUCCAGGUCCACCCACAUUAUAUCACAUCCGAAUAACCUCGAUCAUCGUCUUAUUGGCGAUCUUCGAUUUCGCCCUGGUAUCAUAUUCGAUAGAAGCUAUUCUAUCGGAAGGUGUCUCAGCAAUGGUACUAUUCGCAUCUGAAUUCACCAUUCUGAACGCUUCGAUCUUAGGUACCGCUGCUAGAUAUGCGGUUGGACUAGUAGACCUGAGAAGAGCAAGAGGAAGAGCAGAUGCUCCUCCUUGGGAAGAGAAAUCUAUGUGGUUGUUUUAUGUUGACCUGACUGUCGACUUCAUGAAACUCCUCACAUACCUCUCUUUCUUCCUUGUCAUUCUUCUUCACUACGGUCUUCCACUGCAUAUCCUUCGAGACGUUUAUAUGACAUUACGGUCAUUCAUCUCUCGCUGUGGUGAUCUUAUUAGAUACCGAAGAGCCACGAGAGAUAUGGACGCCCUCUAUCCCGAUGCGACUGAAGAAGAGAUGGAAAGAGGUGGAGAUAGAACAUGUAUAAUAUGCAGGGAGGAAAUGAUCCCUCGAGCAGUAGCUGAAAGAGAAGGAAACACUGGUAGUGGAGAGGGUGGAGGACCCAAUGAGACGCCGAAGAAAUUGGCUUGUGGACAUAUAUUCCAUUUCCAUUGUCUGAGAAGUUGGUUGGAAAGGCAACAAAGCUGUCCUACCUGUCGAAGAGAUGUCCUGCAUACCCCUGCACCAGCACCUGGUCGAGCGGCAGCUCAGCGGAAUGCUGCUGGAGGUAAUCCGCCACCCGCCCAGCCUGGAGCUGUACCUCAGCAGCCUCAGCAGCAAGAUAGGAACAACAUACAACAAGCGUACAACGAGUACUUUCAAUUACCCAGAAUGGGAUGGGAUAACCCAGUACCAGUACCACAGCCCACUGCCUUACCACAAGCUGGCAGUCAGGGGAAUACAGCGCGAAGGGAGGAUAGUAUAGACGAAAGACUACAAAGGGGUAUAUGGGGUGGUCCGAUCAUUCCUGGUCGCUUCUUCCCGGCUCCUUUAGGUGCUGCACCAAGAUUCCAACAGUCUUCUACCCAUGCUGGACCUAGUUCUCCCUUCACUCCUCCCCUUUCACAACCUUCAUCAAGCAGAAUUACUCAGCCCGCAGGUCAAAAUCCACCACCGACCAUAUCAAGAAGGGAAUUUCACCUUUCUGUGCCUGCUACACCACAGAUGUCAGGCAGCGUCACUCCGUUCUCUUCGAAUCCUCCUGUUGUCUUCUCUCCCACUGGUACAGCUAGACCUAUACCGCAAGUAGAAGGAGAAAAUGACGACAAAGAGGUUGAGGAAGUUGUGGAAGUGGAUGAAGUAGCGGUGAGAAGAAAAGCUGCUGAAGCUGCCUUGAAAAGAUUUGGGGGCUCGACAUUCCAUUCUGCAUCGAUAGGGAAGGUUAAAGGCAAAGGCAAAGAAAAGGAAGUACCAGUCGAAGCUCAAGUUGGAAACCAGAAUGAAAAUAUCAAUUUGGAUGAUUGGGAAACUUUACCUACCGUUCAUCCGAGAUUGAUUCCUUCGUCUUCCGAUUUACUCGGCGACCGACAACACCAGCAUCCAAAUCUGAGCGAUUCAAGUAGUGUGACGGCGGCAGGUAGCUUGGAAGAGAGGAUCCAGGUAUUGAGAAAGGUUGAUGAGACAAUUUGGGGGUUGGUAGGUGAAUUAACGAGAUUACAAAGCAGUUGGCAAGCAGAACGAGAGGGACUCGACUCCAUUUCUGACAAAGAGGAAGGGUCGGGACCAGGGCCAGUGGGAAGACCUAGAUUAGAGAUUCCUGAUGAAGAUCAACAGUAG